AUGAACGCCUGUUUUCUCCCCUUUCUCGCCUCUCCCCCGCAGCAUACUGACCUUUGUUCCUCCGCCCUUUUCCCUCUGCUCCAGGCCAUGCAGAUCUUUGUCAAGACUCUGACCGGCAAGACCAUCACCCUCGAGGUGGAGUCGUCGGACACUAUCGACAACGUCAAGGCCAAGAUCCAGGAUAAGGAGGGAAUCCCUCCCGACCAGCAGCGUCUCAUUUUCGCAGGAAAGCAGCUCGAGGAUGGCCGUACCCUCUCGGACUACAACAUCCAGAAGGAAUCGACUCUUCACCUCGUUCUCCGCCUGCGUGGUGGUAUGCAGAUCUUCGUCAAGACCUUGACCGGCAAGACCAUCACCCUCGAGGUCGAGUCGUCGGACACGAUCGACAAUGUCAAGGCCAAGAUCCAGGACAAGGAAGGCAUUCCUCCCGACCAGCAGCGCCUCAUCUUUGCGGGAAAGCAGCUCGAAGAUGGCCGCACCCUGUCUGACUACAACAUUCAGAAGGAGUCCACCCUCCACCUCGUCCUGCGUCUCCGCGGUGGUAUGCAGAUUUUCGUCAAGACCUUGACUGGCAAGACCAUCACGCUGGAAGUCGAGUCUUCCGAUACCAUUGACAAUGUGAAGGCCAAGAUCCAGGACAAGGAGGGCAUCCCCCCUGACCAGCAGCGAUUGAUCUUCGCCGGCAAGCAACUCGAAGAUGGUCGUACGCUGUCCGACUACAACAUCCAGAAGGAGAGCACGCUUCAUCUCGUCCUCCGACUCCGCGGUGGUAUGCAGAUUUUCGUCAAGACGCUCACUGGAAAGACGAUCACUCUCGAGGUCGAGUCGUCGGACACGAUCGACAACGUCAAGGCCAAGAUUCAGGACAAGGAGGGUAUCCCUCCUGACCAGCAGCGUCUCAUCUUUGCCGGCAAGCAGCUCGAGGAUGGCCGCACUCUUUCGGACUACAACAUCCAGAAGGAGAGCACGCUGCACCUCGUGCUGCGUCUGCGUGGCGGCAACUGA